AUGACUUCAUUUAAAGAACUAUAUGGAAGGGACCCCCCACACCUAGUACACUAUGGAAGAGGAAGUACACCGAUUUCUUCAGUGGAGCAUUAUCUGGAAGAAAGGGACAAUGUGCUAGAGGAGUUAAAGAAACAUCUGCUGAGGGUGCAACAAAUUAUGAAGAAGCAGACGGACUCACACAGGAUGGACAUGCAGUUUGAAAUGGGGGAGAAGGUGUUCUUGAAGCUAAGGCCCUACAAGCAUAAAUCAGUGGCUAACAGGCGGAACGAGAAACUGGCUCAGAUGUAUUUUGGUCCCUAUGAGAUCUUGGGGAAGAUUGGUGCUAUGGCGUAUCCUCUGAAGUUACCCGCCUCCGCUACCAUACACCCGGUGUUCCAUGUGUCACAGUUGAGGAGAGCUCUAAGAGAGCAUGCAGUUAGUGCAGAGCUACCAGCAUCAAUGACGGAGGAGUUGGAAGUGACUUUAGAACCCCUAGAGCUUAUAGGGGUAAGAUCACAUAAAGAGGGCAAUAAGAAAGUGCUGAUUCGAUGGAAGGAUCUCCCUGAUUUCGACGCUAAUUAG